GUUUUCAUUGAUUUCUAAACAUGGCGUCUGAAUUGCAGGCGGGUACCGUAGCUGCAGCAGAAAAGGACUUGGCUGUCGGGGAUGCCUCCUUUGUUGAACAGCCUCCCAGUAUGGAUACAGAGUCAUCAAGUGGCAAAGAGGGGAUGGAAGCUACUGGCGAUGGCUCAGAAGCCGCCGAUGCUCUGACAGGAUCCGGGGAUGAGGAGAGCGGGCGGCAGCUCGGGGAGGUGGAGCUGCAGUGCGCCUUGUGCAUGAAGUGGUUCACGGCAGAAACAUUUGGGAUCGAAACCGCGACAUGUCUUCCCUUCAUGACCAAUUAUGUGUUUCACUGCAAUGUCUGCCAUCACAGCGGCAACACAUACUUCCUCAGGAAACAAGCCAACUUGAAGGAAAUGUGCCUCACAGCUUUGGCGAACCUCACAUGGAGGUCCAGAACACAAGAUGAGCAUCCUAAGACCAUGUUCUCCAAAGAUAAGGAUAUCAUACCAUUUAUUGAUAAGCACUGGGAAUGCAUGACGACCCGUCAGAGACCGGGGAAGCUCACCUGGCCCAACAACAUAGUGAAGACGAUGAGCAAAGAGCGAGAUGUGUUUCUUGUGAAAGAACACCCUGACCCCGGCAGUAAGGAUCCGGAGGAGGAGUACCCCAAGUUUGGCCUUUUAGAUCAGGACCUGGGAAGCAUAGGACCCUCAUAUGACACUCAGAAACAGACCACUGGAACCCCAGCAGCCGGUGGGCUCAAUGGUGGAUCUUCUUUCUCAGGUGCUCUGGCCCCUGGCCCUGGAAAAGGAAGGGGGGCCAAACGUAAACAGCAGCAGCAGCAGGAGGGAACGACUGCCGGAGCGACAAAGAGAACCAGGAGUGACCCGUUGUUCUCAGCCCAGAGGCUGCCCCCUCAUGGUUACCCACUGGAACACCCAUUCAACAAAGAUGGCUAUCGCUACAUCCUGGCAGAGCCAGACCCUCAUGCUCCUGACCCCGAGAAACUGGAGCUGGACUGCUGGGCUGGAAAACCCAUUCCUGGUGAUCUGUACCGGGCCUGUCUGUAUGAGAGGGUGCUGCUGGCCUUACAUGACAGAGCACCUCAGCUGAAGAUCUCAGAUGACCGGCUGACGGUGACGGGGGAGAAGGGCUAUUCCAUGGUCCGGGCUUCACACGGCGUGAGGAAAGGAGCCUGGUACUUUGAGGUGACCGUGGAUGAUAUGCCCCCAGAGACGGCAGCUAGACUGGGCUGGUCUCAACCGCUUGGCAACCUUCAGGCUCCUCUGGGUUAUGACAAGUUCAGCUACUCUUGGCGGAGUAAGAAGGGGACUCGCUUUCACCAGUCGGUAGGGAAGCAUUACUCCUCAAGCUAUGGUCAGGGGGACACACUGGGCUUCUUCAUAGAGCUGCCUGAUGAAACGGAGACAGCAAAGGCUCUUCCAGACACAUACAAGGAUAAGGCACUUAUUAAAUUCAAGAGCUACCUGUACUUUGAGGAGAAGGACUAUGUGGACAAAGCGGAGAAAAGCCUGAAGUCGGUGAAUCCCAGCAGGAUGUUGUUCUAUAAAAACGGUGUUAACCAAGGAGUUGCCUUUGAGAACCUCUUUGAAGGCAUCUACUUUCCUGCAAUCUCCUUGUACAAGAGCUGUACGGUUUCUGUCAACUUUGGUCCUCAAUUCAAAUACCCACCUAAGGACAUUAAAUACCAACCGAUGAGUGACAUGGGCUGGGGUGCAGUGAUCGAGCACACGCUGGCGGAUAUGCUAUACCACGUUGAGACGGAGGUGGACGGACGCCGCAGCCCGCCAUGGGAGGGAUAAAUGUAGACCAGUUCAUAAGCCGUUCCACCAUCAGACAUCUAAACAAUGCUAAAGAGAGCAUAUUUAAAUCAUUUUCCCUCUUUAGAUCCACAACCUAAAACCACAGUCGUGAUUAUUAAGACAUGGUGGCAUAAACCAUCCCCUUCUGAGAUGUGCCAUCAGAAUCAACUCAUCGUUGGGGCUCUGACACAUCAUCAUAAUAGAGCCUGAUCUUCUGGGAAGAGAGUCUGGUCCUUAAUCCAUAGCGUUUUCUGUGUUUUUGUUAUUUACUGUUUUAUACUUUGGAUUAAAAAAAAAAAGUGUGUUUAAUGGAAAAAAAGUUGUUUAUUUGUGUGAACUGUCUUGAUUUGAAGGAUAAUUCGGUGCAGAUCAAGCAGGCAGCAUGCUGAGAAGUACAGAGGCAAACAAGAGGGACGUUAAGUCAGUAUUUGGAAGUGUGGCCAACAUGAACAGAACGGCUUCGUUGACUGUCUCCGCAAACAGACAGACUACUGAAACUGUCAAUUCAGUUUUCUGCGCAGGAAAUUGACGUCACCUUUCCCAACUAAUUGGUACACUUGUUGAAAUUUAGGAAAAAUCCAGUUCAGUUUGUGAAAGCCUAUACAGAGUAGUGAAGUUAAAUAAAACGCGUUUUAACAAUUAAGUGAAAGAAUAAAGUAGCAGUAGCUUAGCUGAAGGUUUCAGCCUCCUCGAAUUCCCAUUCUUCAAAAUAACAGGUAAGAGUUGUUGCUGCGCUUGUGUUGCAGACAUCUUUUGAUGAAGUCUGGCAUUAAACCUGAAAUCACGUGACUCGUGAUAAUUAGCCUUCGUUUCUAAAAACAAUUCUGCGAGCCAGUUAUUUUUAGCUGGCAAGAAAAAAAUGGCAUGCCAGGCUAUAAAUUCAGCUUUUUUAUGACGGUAAGAAAAAUAUUUCUAAGAAAACAAAAACACUUCCUGUAAUCAUAAGUUUCCUUUAAAGUAUUGCAUGCUUUAAUUAGUUCCUACUGAUUGAUCUGAGAAUAUGGCAGUAAUUUAUAGCAAUGAGAACACGAGGAAAGGAAAAUGUAAAUCUCAGUAACCAACUGGCUUUAAAUUGCUCUAAGCAAGAUUGAGCAGUCUUUACAAAUCCAGCUGAUAAACUCAGUUUCAUGAAUUAGUCAUUUCAGAGAUAAAAUCACUAGCUUUGAUUUCCUCGGGUUUUUUUCUGAUCGUUUAUUUUCUAUAUUUAGUUGAUGCUGAGCAUCACUGUUGGAGGGUCUACCAAAGGGGAUGAAACUGACUCAAACGUUGAUUAGCUAGUGUCUGAACUGUAACUGGGUCCUGCAAAAGCAGCCAUUUUUACUCUCAAAUCAUUUUGACUUCUCAAAGCAAAACAAAAAAACAUUUUUCAGACUAUAUCUUAUGUUGGUAUAGCUGACUUGUUUUGUUUCCUUUGGAUGAGAAAAUAAAAACGAGUGAACUGGU